UUAUACACAUUGAGCUGUUUAUUAUUUUUAGUAAAUAAGAGUGUAUUGUUUUUAGGUUAGAAGAAACACUAGUACUGAUGGUGAUACUUUGAUAGUAUUAAGUACAGUUUCUUUUCUGGCCCAGUUACUGUACCAUUAAACAGCUAAAUAAAUGGUAUGGUUUCGACAAGAGGUUUGAAGUUGAAGUUCUUUGAAGGUGAAAAGGUACUGUGCUAUGAGCCAGAUCCCACUAAAGCCAAAGUUUUGUAUGAAUCUAAAGUUAAGGAUGUUGUCAUCAACAAAGACCCCAAAGGAAAGAAAUCAGUUGAAUAUUUAAUACACUUUCGGGGUUGGAAUUCAUCUUGGGACAGGUGUGUAAGUGAGGAGUUUAUAUUGAAGGACACUGUUGAGAACAGGCAACUGCAGAAGGAUCUUGCAGACAAAUCGAAGUUGCAAUUCGGUUCAUACUUGUAUCGCAAAGAGCGCAAGAAGCACAGUCGCAGUAAAUCAGACAGGGUUGCUGCUUCCUCGGAGGACGGGAGCUGCGGUAGCCCCGCGGCUGAUGACGUGGACGACAUGAGGGGAGGUUCUUCCAGUUGUUCGGACUCUGAGUCAGUAGAAGAGGACGAAAGUAUCCCGUUGGAAAUCACCGACGAGCUGCGCGAACGUCUCGAAUUUGACUACAAUUUGGUACACCAGCAUGGCCGUAUUCAUAAGCUACCUGCCGAGCCCAAUAUCAUAACAAUCUUGGAGAUCUUCUGGAAACAUUACGCGACUAGUCAAAAGUAUGGCGAUAGCGGCGAAAAGGGCCGACACAGGACAGCUGCCGCCUAUAAUAACGGUGUCAAAAUUAAACCGGAGAUUAUACAAAGAAAUGUAAACGUGUGUCAAGAAGUUCUGGAUGGUGUUAGAAUCUACUUCGACUUUUUCCUCAGCGACUUGCUACUUUACAACAAUGAACGAGGUCAAACGGAGGUCAAGCAGGCACACUUCUUACCCAAAAACAAAGUAAAAUUGGAACCCAUUAAAAUGGAAACAGAAGAUCAGGAAUAUGCGCAUCUUCCAAACUUCGAAGACGAAGAGAUUUUCAUCCACAAUGAUAAUGAUAUGCUACAGAGACCGAUCAGCCGAAGACGCACAUUAAGAUCGUACAGGAGUUUGGAUACAAGCAGCAACGGAAGUGCUAAUUCUGAUAACUCGACACUUAAACCAAGUUCCAGCGUGAAUAAUACUGAACCGGUUCCAGUGAUGUUGCGAAUUCCCACGUGGCGUGCGCUUCCGGAUUACAUCUACCUACAAAGGCCUCCACCUCCGUCGCUCCUCUACGGUGCCACCCAUCUGACUAGACUGUUUGUGAAAAUACCAGAUCUCCUGAAUUCCACUAAUUUCCAAGAAGCAAAACAAAAAGUGCUCCUGAGACACCUUGAAAAUCUCAUAGAUUUUCUGACGGAUCACAAGGAAUGGUUUGGGGAGAAAUGCUACGUGGAGCAACCGACGAAUUAAUGAUCAUUACAUAUACAAUAUAUAUUUGGUAACAAAUAAAUAUUUUAAACUAUAUAAAAAAUGUAAUGUUAAAAGAUAUUAGUCUGUUUUAAAGGGCUUGCUUCUUAUGAUUAAGUAUUAGUAUUUUACAAUCAUAAUUUGACAUUUUUUUUUCGCAUUUAAAACAUAUAAUAAUACUGUGUAA